AUGUGGGGAGCCAGGCCUCCCAUUCAAACAUUCCCUAGCACAAGUUCAUACAUCUCCACAUCCGCAGUCUCCAUGACACAGUCAUUAUCUGCAACAUAUAUGCCUCCAGAUUGGCCAGGAGAGCGUCCCAAAAGCUGGAGACGUGGCUUCAAAUUCAAGUCGGGUAUUUCAUCCCUACUAUUCCGAAGAAAGUCUGUAUCAAGACUACUUGAUGCAUCCACCGAUAGCGCCCGGCUCAAACCUGCUUCUGUCCUACGAGAAGAAAAUAUAAUUUUCGAUCUCCGUUGCAGCCAACCCGUGAUUAUGAUUCGAACGCUGGGGCGCCCAGCAGUCACAAACGACCUCAUGCUACCAAGCACCAACCCACCGACAUUGUUCAUGCGUCUCUAUCACACGCGCUUACCGUGGUACAUCGAUAUUCGGCCCAUGGGUAAUGGCUCUUACGUCACGCUUUCAGACUUGCUCAUGGGUAUAUGUCAAUUCCUCGCUGGACCGAUACGCAAUGAGGAUUACUACAACGAUGAGCUAGAUGCCGAAGACAGGGAGGAGCUUAAGCGCGCGUGGGUGGAACGAUGUAAGAAUAAGAAAGAACGGAUGGAGGGGGUGAAGCGGGUUGAUUUUUUGCGAGAAAAGUACAUGUUUCUGGGGUUGACUCGCGGAAAGAGGGGCAUGUGGGAGCUGUGUACAGGAAAAGAGUUCUCCGAACGAUGA